AUGGCUCCCUCACGCACGCGAACGAUGAAGAACAAGAAUGCCGGCCCGAGCAGGUCGGAAAAGUCUGGCGGCGGCAUCUCCAAGUCCAAACCCUCGUCGCGCAGCAGCAGCGGCGGCGGCGGCGGCGGCGGUGGUGGUGGUGGCCGGUCCAGAAAAGGUCCCGCCACAGCCGUCCAGGUCAGCGGGAAGAAUCCGGCCAACAUGCCCAAGAAGCAUAGGAAGAAGGUCUAUACCGAGGAGGAGCUGGGCAUCCCCACCCUCAACAAGAUCACUCCCGUCGGCGUUGUCAAGCCUCCCGGGAAGAAGAAGGGCAAGGUGUUUGUCGAUGACAAGGAGAGCAUGAAUACGAUUCUGUCCAUCGUCCAGGCCGAAAAGGAAGGCCAGAUCGAGUCCAAGAUGGCAAGGGCCCGACAGAUGGAGGAGAUUCGCGAGGCGCGCAAGGCCGAGGCCGAGCAGAAGGAGAGCGAGAGGAAAUCCAAGCUCGAAGGCGUCAAGGAUUCGCUGAGGAAGAAGCGCAAGCGCAAGGCCGGCGGUGACGGCGGCGACGACGACGCCUUCACGGACGUCUCCUCGACCGGCACAAAGGCUGUCAAGCCCAAGAAGAAGAAGAGCGUGUCGUUUGCUUAG